UCGCCGCGUCCCGUUAGCGAGAGGCGCCCGCUCCGCCCGCCCGCCCGCAGCCCCGCCGCCACUCCCGCGCCCAGCCCGCCGCCGAGAUGCCCAAGACGAUCAGCGUGCGAGUUACCACCAUGGAUGCGGAGCUGGAGUUUGCCAUCCAGCCCAACACGACAGGGAAGCAGCUCUUUGACCAGGUUGUGAAAACCAUUGGCCUGAGAGAAGUUUGGUUCUUUGGACUUCAGUACCAGGACACAAAGGGCUUUUCAACAUGGCUUAAGCUAAACAAAAAGGUGACAGCACAGGAUGUCCGGAAAGAGAGUCCCCUGCUCUUCAAAUUCCGGGCCAAGUUCUACCCAGAGGACGUGGCGGAGGAGCUGAUUCAAGACAUCACGCAGCGCCUCUUCUUCCUCCAAGUGAAGGAAGCCAUCCUGAAUGAUGACAUCUACUGCCCCCCAGAGACUGCCGUCCUGCUGGCUUCCUAUGCUGUCCAGUCCAAAUACGGGGACUUCAAUAAAGAUGCACAUAACCCCGGCUACCUGUCUGGUGACAAACUGUUACCUCAGAGAGUUUUGGAACAACACAAACUCAGUAAAGAUCAAUGGGAAGAGAGGAUCCAGGUGUGGCAUGAAGAACAUCGGGGGAUGCUCAGGGAAGAUGCUAUCUUGGAAUACCUGAAAAUUGCACAAGAUCUGGAGAUGUAUGGCGUGAAUUACUUCAGUAUUAAGAACAAGAAGGGCUCCGAACUCUGGCUGGGGGUAGAUGCCCUCGGACUCAACAUUUACGAGCAGAAUGACAGGUUAACACCAAAAAUUGGAUUCCCUUGGAGUGAAAUCAGAAAUAUUUCCUUCAAUGACAAGAAGUUUGUUAUCAAACCAAUUGACAAGAAAGCCCCCGACUUUGUCUUUUAUGCUCCACGGCUAAGGAUUAACAAGCGCAUCCUGGCUCUGUGCAUGGGGAACCAUGAGCUCUACAUGCGCAGGCGCAAGCCAGACACCAUCGAAGUGCAGCAGAUGAAGGCCCAGGCCCGGGAGGAGAAGCACCAAAAGCAGAUGGAGAGAGCCUUGCUGGAGAAUGAGAAGAAGAAGAGGGAACUGGCUGAGAAGGAAAAGGAGAAGAUUGAGCGUGAGAAGGAAGAGCUGAUGGAGAGGCUCCGGCAAAUAGAGGAGCAAACCAAGAGAGCUCAGCAAGAACUGGAAGAGCAGACCCGCAGGGCACUCGAGUUGGAGCAGGAAAGAAAACGAGCUCAGGAGGAAGCAGAGAAGCUGGCAAAAGAGCGCAAGGAAGCCGAGGAGGCUAAGGAAGCCUUGCUGAAGGCAUCGCAUGAUCAGAAGAAGACCCAGGAACAGCUGGCUGCUGAGAUGGCAGAACUCACCGGCAGGAUCUCCCAGCUGGAAAUGGCCCGGCAGAAGAAAGAGAGUGAGGCGAUGGAGUGGCAGCAGAAAGCCCAGAUGGUUCAGGAAGACCUGGAGAAGACCAAAGAGGAGCUGAAGACUGCCACGAGCACCCCUCACGUCCCUGAGCCCAUGCAGUCUGAGAACGAGCACGACGACGAGCAGGACGAGAACGCGGCCGAGGCCAGCGCUGAGCUGAAGGCUCACGCCUCCAUCAAGGACCGCAGCGAGGAGCAGCGGACUACAGAGGCAGAGAAGAAUGAACGGGUGCAGAAACACUUGAAGGCUCUGACCUCUGAACUGGCCAACGCCCGGGACGACACCAAGAAGACGGCCAAUGACAUGAUCCACGCUGAGAACAUGAGGCUGGGCCGCGACAAGUACAAGACGCUGCGCCAGAUCCGGCAGGGCAACACCAAGCAGCGUAUUGAUGAAUUUGAGUCCAUGUAACCAUUCCUGCAGCCCCCGUUCUCUCCUCUCCUCUCCUCCUUUCCCUUUCCCUCGCUACUCAUGUGUAACUGUUAUGCUGGAACUAUGACAGAAGAUCGGUCCCAGGAAGCCAGAGAGUUCUGUGCAGAUGCUGCCAUUCAGCGUAGGACCAAACAGUCACUUGUGCCUUCUUUUUGACUUUCUGACAGUAGUGAGAGAUCUUUUACUUACUGUGGGCUAAGCAGAAACCUCCCUUCUGCGUGGCUUUCUGAUGCCUUGUCUCAGUUGUGCUGCAGUGGUGGCCUUGCUUCAAGCCCCUCCAUACAGCCCACUCUCACUCCUGUUGCUGCAAUACUGCUGACCUGGUCUAGGUUCCCUGCUUUCCAGAGGAAGACAGCUUGGACAUGAAAUAGCAGUAGAAUUUAACAGAAACCGGGUUGAACAUAAAAUGCAGCAUUUGUGCCUUUUUCCUAAAGACCAAAGUUGUUGAUGGCUUCCCAGCCUGAUCCUCCUUUUCUUCUUGGUACCUUCUCCGUCCCACUAGCUGAGAGGCUGGAUUUUUUUAGCCACCUAUUUGGGGUCAGUCCAGUUAUGCCCUUGAGCAUAUCUUGCUGCAAAAUAACAUUUUUUGCAUCCACAAGUAGGAAAGUUUGUACAGCUUCAAAGAUUAGUGGCCAUUCAUAUUGCCAAUGUAAGUCAGGCAGAUUUUUCCUUGGGGGUGUUAGCCACCACUCCCUGGGAGAGCAGAGGCAAAAUCACCCAACUAGACUUUCAGGAGAGAGACUCCAGAGUACACCAGAUGUGGUUCAGGUGCCUUAUGGCAUGAGCUUUUAUAAAGAAGUCCUGCUGACUUGGAUGACCCGUGCCCCUCUUCCCUUCCCUUCCCUUCCCUUCCCUUCUCCAGGCUGCUGGCCAUUUGUCUUGGAUUUAACACUGGCUUUGGUUUCUGCUGCCCUGGCAGCUUCUUGUCUUGGAAUGCCUUUUGUUCUUCUUUGAACAGGAGUCCAUAGCUAUGCUUUUUAAAGGUAAAAGACUGAUUGGCGAGAGUUGCUUGGUUGUCAGCUGUCAGGUGCAAUCCUGCCCAUGCUGUGACUCAGGGCCACCUCCUUUAAUCGGAGGAAGAGCCUGGCUUCCCCAAGGCUGUGGGCCUCCUCGGGAGAAAACAGGGAAAUGCAGACGCAGUCUGGGAAGCCAGCCUCUCUUCAACUAAAACGAGUUUCAUGCCAGUGGGAGUUUCUCUGCCCUUCCGGCCCCUGGUUGCCCCGGAUUUACCCCCUUUAAACUCUGCUCUGCACAGAACUAAAAGCUGCCUGAAGGAGUAGGAAGACACAAGCCAGCUUCACUGGUGCGUGGCCAAAAAACAGCUACAGAAGUCCCAAACUGCCUCUUACAUAAGCCUUCUCUCCAAAGAUGCCAAGUCUCAGCAUCCAACCUGCGUGCCCACCUGCUCGCCAUCCUGCCCCGUCACAGAUGUCCUGUGCCUUUAGGAAACGAGGUGUGGGGGAUGCAGUGGGGACAAGCUUCUCCAUCUCUCCUGAGAACCUGCAGCCCCUCAGCUUCGAGUUCUUUUUCUUUUUUAGAAUAAAAGCUUUCAGUGAAACGUGUCAAAACCAAUUUACGUUCUCUUUACUGAAAAGUUUCUGGCAUUGAGUUGACUGUGGUUUCCCUUCUCACUACCGAGUGAACAAAUUCCCUUUUGGCUUCUGGUGCCGGAGUUCUGCUCCUCCCCCUGCACUCUGGUAUCCCCCCCCCCCCUUGCCAGCUCUGCCCAAGGAGAGAUCUUGGCCUCGUUGCUGGCCCAAGGAAUGUCUUCUGCCCUGGGUGCCGUUUCUUCAAAGUGCUCCAGAAUAGGAACAGUCCAGUGUGUGCCGGCCAGUCUGUUGCCUUAUUGUCACUCCAGUUCUUCCUUGAUCUUACCAGUAUUACAUACUCCAGUGGUAUCUAAUGAGAUUGAGCUCAUUCUUUUCUAGCUAUGCACAAUUAGAAAACAUUAGUCUUGGAAGUGUUUUUUUGGGGGGUGGGGUGGGGUUGAGGGAGACUUUUCCUUUCUCCCUGGAAAAUGUAUACUGUAUUGUAAAGAGAUAAUAUUUUGCAAGGAAAUUAAUGUAAGAAGCAUUCAGUAUUACAGUAAGGUUUCUAGACACAGGUGUUUUUUUUAUUAUUACUUCUUAGGAUCCAUGGAGUUUUUGCCUCCCCCUCUCCCCAUUUUGUUUACUGCUAUUUGGAUAUAUCCGGUCCUCCUCGAGGGGGCUCCCCAUUAAGCAUUUUGCCUGGCUUUUAUUUGUGUUUUGAAUUUUACUGUAAAUUAUGUCUCCUUUUUGACCAACCUUUUUCUGUGUUGUGUUAAAAACACCAGCCCUCUGGAGAGGCUGCAAGGUCGCCCACAAAACUCCUGGCCAGUCAGAGGCCUGGUGUUAAGAAGGGUUUUGGUCAAGGUGCACAGCCUGUUCUUCAUCCAGUGCCAAUAAAGUUUAGACCAACUGAA